AUUCAACACCUGAUUCACAAAGAGCAACAGGUGAUUAAAACUGCACCGCCUGACUUUAGAUUGGUUUCGAGCCGGGAACUGCUGAUUAACCCGUCUUCAACCCAGCACUUCACCUCGUUGUUCCUGUCCUCCAUCCUAUCUAGCCCUAGUGACAUCAGCCCGCUAAGUCAAAUUGUGCAAGAUGAAAAAAGAAGUGGAAGAUCUUGCCAAAGAAUGGCUCCGAAUAGACAAACGUGAGGAGACGCGAGAUGAAAUCUACAAACUUCUGGCUCAAGGGAACGAGCAGGAGCUUGCAUCCCGACUAACGACGAGGAUCGCUUUUGGCACCGCCGGACUGCGAGCCCGGAUGGAAGCUGGCUUCAACCGUAUGAACUGUGUCACAGUCAUCCAGGCAUCCCAAGGCCUCGCUGCCUACCUGUUGGAAAAUGUCCCUAAUACAAAAAAGCGUGGAGUGGUUAUUGGAAGGGAUGCCAGAAGGAACUCGGAGACAUUUGCCCAACUGGCAACAGCGGCAUUCGUGGCUCAAGGGAUAAGAGUUUGGAUAUAUCCUGGGCCGAUACACACCCCUCUUGUACCCUUUGGGGUAUCGGAAUUCAAUGCUGCUGCAGGAAUCAUGAUCACCGCAAGCCAUAACCCAAAAGAAGACAACGGAUACAAGGUCUACUGGGAAAACGCAUCGCAGAUCAUUCCUCCGAUGGAUAGGGGCAUAGCCCGGUCCAUACAGCAUAAUCUUGAACCCAAGUCAUGGGAUUAUGGUGCAGCGGACAACACCCUUCUUGUCGAGUCCGAUUCUGGGUUAGUCGAGGCCGCAUAUGUCAAGGCUGUCUCCAGCAUAGCAAAGCUUGACGAACACGGUCCGACGCUCGGUGAUGCCAAGUUCGUGUAUACUCCGAUGCAUGGAACCGGACUGAAUAUUAUGACCAAGGUCAUGCAAGAGUUGGGAUGGGCAGACAACAUGGUGGUGGUGGAAGAACAAGCCGAACCAGACCCGGAUUUUCCAACCGUAGCGUUUCCGAAUCCGGAAGAGAAGGGUGCACUGGAUCUAUCUUUCCGAACGGCAGACGCCCAUGGCAUAUCGCUGGUGCUGGCAAGUGAUCCAGAUGCCGAUCGAUUGGCCGUUGCGGAUAAAGUCAAUGGACGAUGGAUACAAUUCACCGGCAACCAGCUCGGCGUCUUGCUUGCCUCACACGUCAUCGACACCUAUCCGGAAGAUAAGCCGAAGGAAAAGUUGGCGAUGCUGGCAUCCACGGUCUCUUCGAAAAUGCUCUCGACGAUGGCGAAAGCGGAGAAGAUUCACUACGCCGAAACCCUAACCGGUUUCAAAUGGAUCGGGAACGAAGCGCAACGUCUCGAAGGGGAGGGAUACGAUGCACUCUAUGGAUACGAAGAGGCUCUAGGAUACAUGUUUUCGCCGGUUGCUCGUGAUAAGGACUCCAUAGCAUCGGCUGCUGUGUUCUUGAGCGCUGUGGCUCGAUGGCGGAAUGAAGGUUUGACGCCGUGGUCGAAAUUGCAGCGCUUGUACACCAAGUACGGACACUUUGAGGAUGCGAAUACAUAUCUGAUUUCGCCAUCCAUCCUCAUUACCUCGCAAAUUUUCGAGCGGAUCCGUGGGCUUGGCCAGCCGUAUCCCAAGAAAAUCGGCAAUCGAAAGAUCCUCAGUUGGAGAGACUUAACCAAGGGGUAUGAUUCCGCCACGAAAGACCAUCAACCCACACUGCCGGUUUCGACCGACACGGAAAUGAUCACCUGCACGGUGGAAGGAAAUGUGCGAUUCACGGUCCGAUCGAGUGGGACGGAGCCGAAGAUCAAGCUCUACAUUGAAGGAGAAGCCAAGCAGGCGUCGGACGCCAAGGCACAUGCGGAAGAAGUUCUGAGAAGUCUGUUGGAAGAAUGGUUCAAACCGGAUGAAAAUGGCCUACAACUAGCAUGAAGCACGAGUGUGGUGACAGGUGGAUCAACGUUCAUAGCAGGCGUUUUAGUGGCCGGGAUAGUGUAAUAGUCGCCAGGAGCUUAGCAACGGUGGUCUUACCUGGAGGCGAGCAUUAUUAAAUGUAGAAUUAAUAUCAUUCGC